CAAUGUUAGUGUGUGCUCAGUGGUGGAAGGGAGAGUGUGCUGCUUCUGGCGCGGCCCACCAUGACUGGAAGCUGAUGUUACGGCAAGGAACUGCUGAGUGUCUCGCCAGUGGUUGUGACGACGUGCUUUGCUGUGGCGGGCGAGUGUUGAGGUGGAUGUGUGGGUUGUCUUCGUGUGUGUGUUGUGAAAAAGAGGCUCGGAAAGAUGUACUAUAACAGGAGGAGUAUGUACUAUCAGAACUAUCCCUACUUCUCACCGUUCGGCUACACCUCCGAGGAACAGGAGCAGCAGCAGCAGCAGUACGCCCACGCCGCCCUCGCAGCUCAGGCAAAGCUGCGGGCGUACAGACUCUCCCAGCAGCAGCAGCAGCAACACCAACAGCAGAGGCUACAACUACAAAUACAGCAGCAGCUUCAACAAAAGGAGGCUGCUGAUGGCGUCUCCUUCCUGCGAGGCACCACCACCACUACCGCCGCGGCCUCAGACUUCACUCCCUACGGCUAUGUGUCCAGGCCAGGCUCCACCCCGCUCAGCUACAGUCUGUGGGGGUCAAAUGCAUCCACCACCACGUCGGAAGAGUCUUACCGCCGCCACUUCAGCCGCAGCCUGUGUCGCGUGGUGUUUGGGUGCGCCGUGCUGCUGGUCAUUCUCGCCGUGUUGGGGAUUGUGGGCAUCGCUGUGUAUCUCGGAGUCAUGACGAGUGAGGACGAAGCUAUUAAAUAUGAGAUGCGUUACUCCGGGGAGCUCCUGGUGACUCGAGGCGACUCUUGGGUACCUGAUCUGGCGGUGCGCGAGUCCCCGGCGUUCAGAGCAAAGGCUACGAAAUAUGAGAAGAUGCUCAAGACUGUGUACGGGAGAAGCUUCCUGAAGGAGUCUCUGCGUUCUGUGAAGGUGACUCGCUUCCACCGUAAUGUUCUGGAGGGGAAUCGAGGCCUCCACCUGUUCUUCCACCUCUCCCUCGACCGCCGGAAGAUGCCCAGCCACGUGGACAACACAGAGGCAGCGGUACAAGACGUGCUCCUUCAAGAGCUUAUGAGUCUCGAGCCCAUAGCUUUCCAGAGCGUCGCCGUGGACAUCGAUUCCCUCAGACUAGCACGGGAAACAGAGACUGGAGAGCAAGCGGCGGGGGGCGGCGUGUCUGUGCCCCUGCCCCGGGAGGAUCAGGUGCAGGUCAUCCAGGUGGGGGGCACGCAGAGGGCCCCUGGCGGAAAGAUCAUGGUCGUCAAGCCAGCAGCGGAGCAGGAGGAAGAGACACCAACGAGCACCGUGGCCAAUCUUAUCUAUCAGUUUGGGCCCUGGAGGCCCGUCAACCCCUUCGGCCCGCCUCUCAUCGCCCGGCCCCCCGCCCCGCGCCCCCUCAGCGAGCCCGAGAGGAGCCCUCCAGGCGUGGUACAUUCUCCUCCAGGCCUGUCUUCGCUUCAGUAUUCCUCAAGCUACAGGGAGCGGCCCUUCCACUCCGUCACCAAAGCCACCACAGCCACGAGGCCACCCACUACCACCACUACUCCCACCACCACCACCUCCACAACCACCACCACCUCCACAACCACCACCACUACCACCACUACCACUACAACACCAACUACCACUACUACAUCGCCCACCACCACCACCACCACAGCCGGGCCAGAGGUCGGCACGCCGCCUAGCCGCCUCAGUGACCGUGAGGGCGUGGCAGCUGCCGUUGGCCUGAGGACCACCACCAAGAGGAACCUGUCACAGGAAGACCUCCACGCCUACCUCGCCGAGCUGUUGGCCAUCACCACGCCCCGCCCUCAGCCAUCCUCAACCUCCCCAGCCCCCCGGCCCUACCCACCUCAUCCCAACCCCCCUGUGAUGGUCACAAUUCCCCCAUACGUGUCCUCAAGUGAGGUGCCGAGACGCCCGGAGGUUCCGAACCCCGAGGACCGUCUGGUGACCUUCCAGAGUGUCUUGGACGACCACCAGCCUCCAGAGGCGCCUCUCCUGGACGACGCCGCCACCACCGCAUCCCCACUCGCCCCUGAGGCUCACGUGACCUCUUACUCCGGGGUGCGGGAGUCCAUGCCGCCCCGCCCACCAAUCUUCAGGUUCCCCUUGGACAAAUUCCGGUUCCCCGCCAGACCUCCCACGUCGCCCCCCACCACGCGGGCGCCCCCCAGCAUCUGGGACAUGCUCACCACCCGCAAGCCUCUCAUCCUGAACACUGAGCUGGUCACCACCACCAGCACUGAUGUCCAGUUCGGGCUACCCGGCCUACUGGCAGGCCACACCAGCUCCGUGGACAGUGCUGUCACCCCACGCCCCGUGUACCGCCCGACCACCAGCUCCCUGGCGCCCGUGUACCAUCCCACCACUGAGGCUCCGCAUCUGGGUCCCGUGCACCAAAGUAGCGGCGCGCCAGAGUCCCUGAGGGAGUUCUCAGGGAGCGACAACUAUGUGACCGUGCCUGUGAUCUCCGGGUCCAGCGUGCGUUACAUGGUGGUCAACAAGACGCGGCCAAACUAUCCCAACGUUGUCAUCGUCAACCUGCAAACCACACCCGAGGACGCCGAGGACGCCGAGGGCACCGAGGACACAACCACCACGCCCAGCACCCCGACGCGUGGGGAGUCCCGCCACCUCAACUCAAGGUUCCUGGAAGACGCUUUCAAGGCAAUCCUGCAGAAGACGAAUUACUGGGGCGUUGACGAUCCUCCUGAAGGUGAUGCUUUCCUCAAGAGGCAAGGCAGACCAGUGGACCUGGACGCUCAGGACUCUUCUACACCCGUGGUGGAGGACGAUUCCCUGGACUCUGUCUCGCUUUGGACUUUCCUGCGGAACUUGAGCGACGUAUACCUCUCUGACCCAGCGGUAACGCAACAGCUCAGGGAGUUUGAAGAGGCAGCGCUGGCGGCGGCACAGCAGGAGGAGGAAGAGGAGCCCAGCCAUGCGUCUCUCACCUCUCCUUUACCAGAUGCAACGUCCACCUCCACAGGAAGACCGAUCCUUCGAUACCUUCAGAACCAAGGCAGUGACGCCAGCCUAAUCCACCCUUACGCUGCAGAGACAAACACCACGUCACCGCGAUUAGACUACAGGUACAUUUCUCCGCUCAGAGGACUCAGGCAGCAGCACCAGCAACAGCAGCCAGGAGUUUUCACGCCUUACAUGGGCACGCCCUUGAGGCACAGACCGGUGAUGGUGGAGCUGCCCAACAUGCCUCACAGCCCUGCCACGCCCCUGAGACCAAGCUUUCCCUUCCACCUCCCUGCCGCAGAGCCCUACACGACGCUGUUCGUGACUGGCGCGGACAGCUCGUCCCUGCCGCAGAUCAUCAGCAUCUCCAGCAGGUCUCCAGGGUCAGGAGGCGCCACUACCAACUCCCCCAUCCACACCUUCGUGCUCAAGGACGGCCAGACCAUGGAGGAGCUGCUGCAGGAGAUCUUCGACACCAUAUCCCUGGAGGAGGAGAACGAGACUUACUCAUCCACCGAGCCGCCCUCCACCACCAACACGCAGACCACCACUUCGGACGCCUUGCUGCAGACCACGCGAGACGAGAUCCUGCAGUCAAUCAAUAGAAUCCUCUACAGACAUUUGUAUUUCAUGACCACCACCACUACCACCACCAUGCUGCCUUUCACAGCUCCCUUCUCCACCACCGCCAGGAGCAUGGAGGCGCCGACACCCAGGCCAGCCGAAGACACCAGCCCGUCUGCUGCUGAAGAUGACGGUGAUCCAGUGUUGCUGUUCGUCACCAGAGCACCGGACACCUCCACUACCACGACCCCAGCCACCACCCCCACCUCCACCUCUUCCUCCACCUCACACCGGCCCCUCCCACCCCGUCCCUCCAGACCCUUGGUGAUGGGGAAGCCUCCUUAUUUCCACCUAGGGACUCCAAGACCUUCCUAUUUCACUCUCCGCCCCACGAGACCAGCACCUACUACCACCACUGAAACCCCGACCACUUCUACGACUCACAAUUACGAUCUAGAGCUGUUCCCAGUCAUGACACGGCCCAUGUCUCCGGUACGACCCUCGACGACUGCAGUAUCGCCCACAACGACCUCCCUGCCGCCCACGAAGGAUUCCUAUGAGAUUCUUGACGAUGGCGAGAACGAGAUCAAGACGACGGUGGUGGGAGCGGGAAUGGGGCCGCAGGUGGAGGAGCGAACGGAGACUUCUGUUGAUGUGUCGUACAGUGUCCACAGCGGCACCACGGAACACUUCGUCAAGAAUCACACGAGGCCAACCCUGUGUCCCAACCAGUCCCAGUUCCGGUGUGGUGGCGGCGAGUGUAUCUCAGAGUUCUCGCGGUGUAACUUGGUGCAGGACUGUCGCGACAACUCGGACGAGGAAAACUGCACCUGCGCAGACUUCCUUAGGAGCAAAUUCCUCACCCGCAAGAUCUGUGACGGCAUCGUGGAUUGCUGGGACCAUUCCGACGAGACCAACUGUGAAUGGUGCCAGCCCGGUCAGUUCAUCUGCUCGGGAUCCCAUCAGUGCAUUGAUCAAACCAAAGUGUGCGACGGCCGCCCUGACUGCAACUCCGGAGAGGACGAGAAGACCUGCGUCACUAUCGCCCCAGAUAUGCACGCCGCAGACUCCCUCAACUAUUACAACGAAGGUUACCUCAUGGUACGGAAGAAUGGCGAGUGGGGCAAACUGUGCCUAGAGAACUUCGAGCGUGUCACCUCCCGCGCCGCCGCUCACUGGACAGUCAAUGACCUCGGCCAGGCUGUCUGCAGAACACUCACCUUUAGUGACUUCAGUCGAGUCGAGCGGCAAGUGGACCCGACACCAGUAGCACGCCCUGACCCGCUCCUGCCGCCGGGUUACCGCAAGGGGAUCUACCGCCCUGAUCUGUCCCGCAACGCUACCGCCAAGCCCACCUACUACAAGAUUCACCUCACUAACUCCUUGGCCUUCCCCUCCCGCGCGCGCUCCUUCGCCACCCCUGAAGAAGGAAGUGCCCCUGGUAACGACCUCACGCUAUCUCUGGAGUUCGAGGAGACCCGCUGCCCGAAGAGGGACGUCCUGCAAGUGUCCUGUCAGAGCCUGCAGUGUGGCAUGAGACCACGAGCAGUCAGUCAUCGCGCCAGGAUCGUGGGUGGCAGCAACAGCGGGCCGGGAUCAUGGCCUUGGCACGCGGCUCUGUACAGGGAGGGGGAGUACCAGUGUGGCGGCACCCUCAUCAACCCUAAUUGGCUGCUUUCUGCCGGUCACUGUUUCUAUAGCGCCACGGACAAGUACUGGGUGGCGCGCCUUGGAGCUUUGAGACGAGGCACAAAGUUCCCAUCGCCCUACGAGCAGACGCGACACAUAACACACAUCUUCAUUCACCCGCAAUACGAAGACACGGUGUUCGUGAACGACAUCUCUCUACUGAGGAUGGAGUCGCCAGUGCAGUUCACUGACUACGUGCGGCCAGUGUGUCUGCCGCCGCCUGGGGCUCCUGUCCGCCACGGCCGCCUCUGCACGCUGGUGGGCUGGGGACAGCUCUUCGAAGUGGGGAAGAUAUUUCCUGACACACUCCAGGAGGUGCAGGUGCCGCUGAUCUCCACCGCUGAGUGCAGGAAGCGGACGGUAUUCAUCCCGCUGUAUCGCAUCACCAACUCCAUGUUCUGUGCUGGCUAUGACAGAGGGGGCCGCGACGCUUGCCUCGGCGACUCCGGCGGCCCGCUCAUGUGUCAGGAACCAGACGGUCGCUGGCAGCUGGCGGGGGUCACCAGCAACGGGUAUGGGUGCGCCAGGCCAAACAGACCAGGCGUGUACACUAAGGUGGCCAGCUAUUUGGGAUGGAUGAACCAGGUAAUGGAGCUGACCAAGAGUGAGCUGGUAGUGCCAGUGAGGCCCAAGUGCGCGGGCCACCGGUGUCCCCUGGGCCAAUGUCUCCCCCAGAGCAGCGUGUGCAAUGGGUUCGUGGAAUGUUCGGACGGCUCAGACGAGAAGGAUUGUUACAAGGCGACCUAACGCGACGCUCUCCGUGGCUCUCUUCGCUCUGGCCAAGCGAGAUAAGGUCACAUUCACUCACUGCUACUCAACCUGCCGUCCACACCGCCACCACCACUCACCAUCAUACACAACACGUCAUUACUGCCACUGUCACCAUCAUUAUCGUCUACAUCACUAUCAUCACCAUUAUCAUCCACCGUCGUCCGUCCUGCACCCUCCUGCCUCCUCCACGCCUCAUGCUCAGAGAUUAUCGCGUCCUCAUCAUCGUCAACACUCGUGAAGGUGUGCUGUGACAGAAACAUGUUAUCCACUGCUGGAGGAAAGUAUCUUGAGUAUCACUGAAGGAAAAUGUGUCCAGUAUGGGUGAGAAAAAAGAGUUGGGUUUAGGGAAAGAGCGUUAGGUCUAGCCUGUUAAAGUAUUUCUGAUGUAACUCGAAUAAACAUCACCGGUCAGGAAGAAAAUAAUAACCUCAGAUGCUCCUCAAUAUCAAGAUUUCAAGGCCGCACGUGCUUCAGAUGUAAAUAGAUGUAGCAUAGGUUCAUAUGGGCAUUACGGCGAUGAGAUGCUCCGUGUGUGUGAGAGAGAAAGAGUGUGUGUGUGUGUGUGUGUGUGUGUGUGUGUGUGUGUGUGUGUGUGCACCGGGCGUCAGGGCUAAGGAAGGAGUAAGGAAGCGGAGAUGGUUCAGUAAGAUAGUGCAAUAAAUAUAGAAUACAGGCGCCUGUAUGGAGGAAGGGAAGAUAAGAUAUUGUUAAUAAUAAAAGGGCGGUACUCUGAUUUUCUCUGUGCACAGUGGAGACCACCCUCACUUGCCACUCCUCCGUCGUAAUCUUCCUGUCACCCAUCAUGCCUUCACUUCGCCCGCCGCGCUGCAAACAAAACAUUGUAUAUACUGUACUGUAUAUCGUAUUGUGUAUGUUAUGUGAUUAUUUAUUCCAACUGCUUUAAUGUUGUAUGUCCAUUAUUUUUUUGUCUAUAGUGUUACAUUUCGUCUGUUUUCUCUAUUUUGUGUACUUUCUUUAGCUCAGUGGUCACGUCCUCCCCUGUCACUUGGUAGGCUCAGGUUCGUGGCCCGCUCAGGUGCAAAGGUUUUCAUUGAUGAGAGAGCUAUUGCUGUCCUGUUACACACACACACACACACACACACACACACACACACACACAUGGGCAUUAUCCAGUAUCAUUAUCUCCUCCUCCUCCUUCUCCUCCUCCUCCUCCUCGGAUCAAUAGAUAGCGACUACAUCCCAUUCAUUCAUUCAUUUAUUCUAUCAACAUCACCACCACCGCCAUCACUACCACCACCACCACCACCACUACACAAAGCCGAGCGACCGCAAAGUAAGUGGAGGUAUCUGUAAAGAAUAUUCAAUAACUUAUGAGAAUUUUAACUUUUUUUCAAACGGGUUAAAUGAUAUUGCAUGAUCUUCUUACUAAAUCAACAAUGAUAUCGCGGGUUGCACUUAUUUUGCUUUUUUACCUGUUUAUUUCUUAAGCCAUUAUUCAAAGUCCAUCCUAUAUAAGAAAAAAUAUAAGGAAAAGGAAAAACCGGUGUAGCUACUAAUCUGGCUAACCAAAUAACUAAUAAGCAAUUUUCACUACAACUUUAAACAAGUAGUCUCUUAAAUUGUUAUGGGAAAAGACAAAAUCAACUAUUCUCGUAAACUUUUCUAUACAGUGAAGACAACCACAACAGUAAAACAAGUCCAGGAAUGUGCAAUUGUUCGUGUUGUCACUUCUGUGCAGCAUAGUGAGGUGGUGAUCUGGUUCAUAAUGUAUUUAUUUUCCUGUCAUCCUCAUUCACUCCUUCCCUGUUUCCCUGUAUCCCUUCAGAAGUUCCGAGGCAGCGGAGAGAGUAAGAAGGGUCGAGACAGGGCAUGCAUGGCUCUUUGUAUUGUGAUAUUAUUGUUGUUAUUUAUUACAGUGUGUACUAUUCCAAAUAAAACACUUCGAAUACCA